UAAGAUUCAGAAGGGUUGCAGGCAGUUAAAAAUGGCUUGUGUAUCCCAGUCAGUAAGUUUUGAUAAAUGUCACUGUGGCCAGGGAUCACACAGUAGCAUACUCUACAGCAUUCUCAACAAAGAUCAUUCCAGCGAAUCAAACUGGUGUCACUAUCGACACCACCACCACCCCUCAGCUCUUGGGUGCUCCUGUGAGUUUGGAAGAAAAGUUGUCCUCAAAACGCCAGAACUCACUUGCAGACUGGCCUCGGAAGUGCUGCUAAAGACUUUGAAUUUCAUUAAAAACUUGCCUUCAUUUUGCCAGCUACCUGAAGGGGAUCAGGUCCUGCUGGUGCAGGAUUGCUGGGCUCCGCUCUUUGUCUUGGGCUUAGCUCAAGAAAGAGUAGACUUUGAGGUGGCUGAAGCUGUAGCACCCAGCUUGCUGAGAAAGAUUCUCUUGAAUCAGAAAGUGAUGGAUGGACAGAACCAGGAGACAGCCUUGAAUGUCCCUACUCUGGCAGAAGUUCAAAGAGUGAAGAUAUUUCUUAUGAAGCUCUGGAACAUGGAUAUCAGCACCAAAGAAUAUGCAUAUCUCAAAGGCAUCACCCUUUUCAAUCCAGACAUUCCUAGUUUAAGGAUGCCUCAGUACAUCCUAGCCCUGCAGCAAGAAGCCCAGCACACUCUGAAUGAAUUCAUCAGCAUGGUGAACAAUGGAGAUCAAGCGAGGUUUGCUCGAAUUCUACUGAUUCUCUCCACUCUUAGAAUGGUCAGCGCUACUUCUGUCACAGAACUCUUUUUCAGACCAGUCCUGGGCAAAGUGAAUAUGAAUGAAUUGCUCUUGGAAAUGCUGUGUGCAAAACUGAAUUGAUUUGCAAGAAUAUUAUCCUCUACACUUGAAUCUUGUUGACACUUUUGUGACAUGUGAAUGUACUUAUUGUUGUGUAUGUAGCAAACCCUGUAGCAGCUAUCUGUGCAAUAUGUAUAGUAAAUAUCAUUUAUUGUAUCUACACAGAGGCAUGUUAUUAACAAGUGUUUAUUUAUGUGUUUGUUUUAAUAAAAUUGGAGUUGUGAAC